AAACCCUAAUUUCAAAGAUUUCCCAUCAUCUUUACUUACCCUUCGUUGUUGUACUCCGAUUUCCACCGAACUCAUUGCCGGAAAACCCACACGGAGUUUGUCGUCGGCCGCCUGAAUCUGCGACAAAGUCCCGCCUGAAUCGUCGUCCGCACGUACAGCCUUUUUCUUUUUGUUAAGCAGAGAGGGAUGGAGCAGAGAUUAGCUAAUUGUUGGCGGUUGACAGUCAAUGAAAAAAAAUUCAUCGAAAGUGCUCUUCUAUCAGAUGUUCGAGUGGAUGGUCGUGGCCCCUUGGAUUAUCGCAAGCUGAACAUUAAAUUUGGGAAGAAUGAUGGCUCCGCCGAGGUCCAAUUGGGUGAGACACGUGUGAUGAGUUAUGUGAGUGCUCAACUUGUGCAGCCUUACAGAGAUAGGCCUAAUGAAGGCACACUUUCCAUCUUCACUGAGUUCUCUCCCAUGGCUGAUCCUUCCUUUGAGCCUGGCCGUCCUGGAGAAUCGGCCGUGGAGUUAGGACGAAUUAUAGACCGCGGUUUACGGGAAAGCAGAGCCAUUGACACUGAAUCUCUCUGCAUUCUUUCUGCCAAGCUUGUUUGGGCCAUUCGCGUUGAUAUCCAUAUACUGGACAAUGCAGGGAAUCUUGUUGAUGCUGCAAAUAUUGCUGCAUUGGCUUCUCUGUUGACAUUCAGAAGGCCUGAAUGCUCGUUGGGGGGAGAGGAUGGUCAACAAGUUGUAGUGCAUCCUCCCGAGGUGCGCGAGCCACUCCCUUUGAUUAUACAUCAUCUUCCAGUUGCUGUCACCUUUGGAUAUUUCAGCAAUGAAAAUCUCGUGGUCUUGGAUCCGACAUACCAUGAAGAGGCUGUAAUGACUGGACGCAUGACUGCAACUCUUAAUGCAAAUGGUGAUGUUUGCGCCAUUCAAAAGCCUGGGGGGCAGGAAAUCUCUCAUCGGGUUAUAAUGCAUUGCUUGAGACUUGCUCAUGUCAAAGCUGGUGAUAUGACAGCCAAGAUAAAGGACGCGGUUGAAAAGCACAACACUGAAAGGGCACUGCAGAAGAUUAAACGCCAUUCUUCCUCUGUUGCCGUGGAUGUAUGUGGAACCACUGCCAGUUUAGGGGGAAAACAAAAUCAAUCAGAUGGUGAUAAAGAAGGUAGUCGUCUAGACCAAUUGAAGUUGAAAGACGAGACAAAGUCUAUGGAAUGUGAUGCCACAUCAUCAGCACAAGUACAGAGUAACAAGAAGGAUGGAAGCUCAAAGAAUUUCGUUGGCGGUCCUUCAAGUUGGGAUCCCUACUCAGACUGUGUCAAUUCAGAUCUUCUAAAAGCUUCUCUAGCUUCUCGUGGACAUUCAACUCCUAGUAAAAAAAAGGAUUCAAGGCGGGAGACUAAGCCAGAAGAACCACAGAACGAAGUCAAGAUAGAUUCUGCACCGAUGGACACAGCUCUAACUUCAGGGCAGAGUAAUGAAGGCAAGACUCUAAAGGAUGCUGUCAAGCCCAAGCACAAGAGGAAGAAGAAAAAAGGAUCUUCCAAUAAUGCAAAUUAAGUGAUGAAAUGUGCAGUCACAUUGUUACUGACCAUGUAUGUUAUCUUAGAAAAUUUGAUCGAUAGGGCGGAAUGCUGUAAAAUUUCAUUGCAUAAUGAAAAUUAGUUGUUUGUUUGUGCA